AUGAAGCGAACAGACGCCAUCUCUCCUGCUGUGGCCGCUCUCGAAAAGGCCGAGAACGCAGAACAACAUCCAGCAAAAGGCUCGUAUCCGCCGAUAUCUUCGAUUCCGAACACCUCGCCCCAACGUCUCGCCCAAGCCGCCGAAGAUGCGCCCAAAGAUGUCGCGCAGUCUGCCAAAACCGUGCUUUACCUCGCCUACGGCUCCAACAUGUCGGCGGAAACAUUCCUGGGGAGGCGAAAAGUGCGGCCUCUUUCUCAAAUGAACGUCUCCGUCCCGAUCUUGCGCUUGACAUUCGACCUGCCCGGACUGCCGUACCGAGAGCCGUGCUUCGCCAAUGUCGGAUAUCGAAAGCUGCCCGAAAAGCCCAAGCUGCCCGACCCCCUUCACCCGCCAAUCGUCCCGCCGCUGAACCCGCCAAAGACGGAGCAGGAGUGGGAUGGCGGCCUCAUGGGCGUCGUAUACGAAGUGACAGAGGACGAUUGGCGAAACAUUAUGAGAACCGAAGGCGGCGGCUCAGGCUACCAGGAGAUCAUGGUUCCGUGUCUGCCAAUGCCGGCUGAUGUUGGCAUUCCCGAGAAACCGUUCCCGCCGGUGCCCACGUUGCCGAAGCCCUUCCUCGCGACAACGCUGUAUGCGCCCUAUGUCCCGCUCGAACCAGAUUCAGACAAGAAGAAUUGGUGGGCCAGGUUUGUCGUUGGUCCUCAUAGACCAAAGCCCGACUAUGCUCAGCCGAGUGCCCGAUACCUGAAGCUCUUGCAAGACGGCGCACGAGAGCACAAUCUUCCCCAGGCCUAUCAGGACUAUCUGGCCUCGAUGCAGCCCUACACCGCGACGACGAUGAGGCAGAAGAUUGGGCAGAACCUGUUCCUCCUCUUCUGGGCACCGAUGCUGAUAUACUUUUUCGGAAUAACGACGCUCUUGGCGGAUGAGAGAGGAAAGGUUCCGCGGUGGUCUGCAAACACGAUAUCGGGGCUGUUUGGCAUCAUGUGGUACAGCUACGACAAGCUCUUCAUUUUCAUCUUUGGCGACGGCGAGCGAACGCAAGAUUCAAAGGACAAUUCGAAGCGACGAAAGUCAUGGUCAGUUGGAACAGACGAGGAGAAGGCGUCUUUGAUGCAAGAGAGUGAAGAAGAGGAAGAGUAA